GGAUAAAUGGGGAAGUGGGAAUGCGUUCAGUAAGUGGAGAUCUGUCAGGAAAAAGUAAGAGAUCGCGUAACUGAGAGGGAGGAUGAAAGAGGCAGGCAGGACUUGUCAGUACAAAAGGGAGGAGUAGCUAGAAAGAGGUUGCUGGGAGGAUCCAGCCAAUGUGAACAGGACAUCGCUGGGACUUCUCGGUUGCCUGAGAGAGGCCUUACUACUUAUUGCUUCCUCUUGCGUCUGUUCAAUUGCUGGCAGCCUAUAGAAGGGGAACCCUAUCUUUGUGCGAAUACGAAUACGAAGCAGCUCUUCAGGGGAAGGCGGGCCGGGGGACUGACAGGAAUGCUGUUUUAGGCAUUUUAACUGAUAGGAUCUACAUUGCCCAACAGCAUCAAUUCACAUGAGAUUUGGAAAGCUCCAGCAUUUUAUCAUCUUAUGGAGGUUUAAGUAAGUCGUUAAAGGAAGUUGUGGCACUGAAAGACAUUUCUUAGAGUGGAAAAAACACACAGAGAGGACAAAGAUGUCUUCAAACAGGAGUCAAAAUCCACAUGGACUGAAACAGAUUGGCUUGGACCAAAUAUGGGAUGACCUGCGGGCCGGGAUCCAACAAGUUUAUACAAGACAGAGCAUGGCAAAGUCAAGAUAUAUGGAACUCUAUACACAUGUUUAUAACUAUUGCACCAGUGUGCACCAGUCUAACCAAGCACGGGGGGCUGGAGUACCACCAUCAAAAUCUAAAAAAGGCCAGACUCCUGGAGGUGCCCAGUUCGUUGGUCUGGAGCUGUACAAAAGGCUAAAGGAGUUCCUGAAGAAUUACUUGACAAAUCUCCUAAAGGAUGGAGAAGAUUUAAUGGAUGAGAGCGUACUGAAGUUUUACACACAGCAAUGGGAAGAUUACAGAUUUUCAAGUAAAGUGCUGAAUGGAAUCUGUGCAUACCUCAACCGGCACUGGGUUCGCCGUGAGUGUGAUGAAGGUCGCAAAGGAAUAUAUGAAAUAUAUUCUCUGGCCUUGGUGACAUGGAGGGAUUGUCUGUUUAAGCCAUUAAAUAAGCAGGUAACAAAUGCUGUGCUGAAACUGAUUGAAAAGGAGCGAAAUGGUGAAACAAUAAACACCAGGCUUAUAAGUGGAGUAGUGCAAUCUUAUGUUGAGCUUGGCUUGAAUGAAGAUGAUGCAUUUGCCAAAGGCCCAACGCUGACUGUUUAUAAAGAGUCCUUUGAGUCCCAGUUUUUGGCAGACACAGAACGGUUUUAUACAAGAGAGAGCACAGAGUUUUUACAGCAGAACCCUGUCACAGAAUAUAUGAAAAAGGCAGAAGCUCGGCUUUUGGAGGAGCAGCGCAGAGUACAAGUAUACUUACAUGAGAGCACACAGGAUGAAUUGGCGCGGAAAUGUGAACAAGUCCUAAUUGAAAAACAUCUAGAGAUUUUCCACACUGAAUUCCAGAAUUUACUUGAUGCUGAUAAAAAUGAAGACUUGGGCCGUAUGUACAAUCUUGUUUCCCGAAUCCAGGAUGGUCUGGGGGAGCUGAAAAAGCUUUUAGAAACUCAUAUUCACAAUCAGGGACUUGCUGCCAUAGAAAAAUGUGGGGAAGCUGCACAAAAUGAUCCCAAAAUGUAUGUACAGACUGUUUUGGAUGUCCACAAGAAAUACAAUGCCCUAGUCAUGUCUGCAUUCAACAAUGAUGCUGGAUUUGUGGCUGCACUAGAUAAGGCUUGUGGUCGGUUUAUAAAUAACAAUGCUGUGACAAAAAUGGCUCAGUCUUCUAGCAAGUCACCAGAGUUACUUGCCCGGUAUUGUGACUCUCUCUUGAAGAAGAGUUCCAAGAACCCAGAGGAAGCAGAGUUGGAAGAUACCCUUAACCAAGUGAUGGUAGUCUUUAAAUACAUAGAAGACAAGGAUGUGUUUCAGAAAUUCUAUGCAAAGAUGCUUGCAAAGCGCUUGGUUCAUCAAAACAGCGCCAGUGAUGAUGCAGAAGCAAGUAUGAUAUCCAAGCUUAAGCAAGCCUGUGGUUUUGAGUAUACAUCAAAGCUUCAGCGAAUGUUUCAAGAUAUAGGCGUGAGCAAAGAUCUAAAUGAGCAGUUCAAAAAGCACCUGACCAAUUCUGAGCCUUUAGACUUGGACUUCAGCAUACAGGUUCUGAGCUCUGGAUCAUGGCCCUUCCAACAGUUCUGUACAUUUGCUUUACCUUCUGAGUUGGAACGCAGCUAUCAGAGGUUUACAGCUUUCUAUGCCAGCCGUCACAGUGGAAGGAAGUUGACAUGGUUAUACCAGUUGUCUAAAGGAGAACUCGUCACCAACUGCUUUAAAAAUAGAUACACAUUGCAGGCAUCCACAUUCCAGAUGGCAAUCCUGCUGCAGUUCAACACAGAAGAUGCCUACACAGUACAGCAACUGACAGAUAGCUCUCAGAUAAAAAUGGAUAUUCUUGUGCAAGUUCUCCAAAUUUUGCUAAAGUCUAAAUUAUUGGUUUUAGAAGAUGAAAAUGCAAAUGUGGAUGAUGUAGACUUGAAGCCGGAUAUUUUAAUAAAGCUCUACCUUGGUUAUAAGAACAAGAAGUUACGAGUGAACAUAAAUGUGCCCAUGAAGACAGAACAGAAGCAGGAACAGGAAACAACGCACAAAAAUAUAGAGGAAGACAGAAAAUUGCUCAUCCAGGCAGCCAUUGUGAGAAUAAUGAAGAUGAGGAAGGUUCUGAAACACCAGCAGCUUCUUGGAGAAGUGUUGACUCAGCUGUCCUCCAGAUUCAAACCACGGGUCCCUGUUAUCAAGAAAUGCAUUGAUAUCCUUAUAGAAAAAGAGUAUUUGGAGCGCGUGGAUGGAGAAAAGGACACAUACAGUUACCUGGCUUAAAUAACAUUUUUAUACAUAUAUUUAGUGAUUGCCUGAGUGGUAAACGUCAUUGGUGUGACACUCGGCAGAUAGUAAACGUUACGUGAUGGAACGAAUGGAGACACAAAUGAACUUCACAAGGACGAUGUUGCUGCUGCUACUGCCUGGGUCCUUCUCUUUUUAACAACAGCACUUCCAAAAGCCAGCCUCCGCUCUCCACUGGAACUGCUCAGGACUGAGACUAUUCAUUGGAGCAAGUACAUAUGGAAACAAGGACAGCCACAUGCUGGGAUUUAGGGAGAGAGGGGAGCCUGUACCCAGAGAGAAGUUUGCAUGCUACCACUCCUGUAAACCAAUACACCUUGGCUGGAGCAGCAACAGCCGUCAGUCAAUGAAGCAGAUCAGUCCCUAGGGUUGUGGCGGCACACUUUAGCCAGUCUGAAUGGACCUAAUGUAUCCGCUAUGAAAACCCAUUUGUAUAGUGUGUUUCAUUUUUUUUAAUGUGUGAAAAAUAAAAACAGGAAAAAAAAAAUCAA